CAAGGGCCCAAGCCACGCUGCUUUUUAGGGCGUGCACGGCCUCGCGAGGCGCGCGCCGCAGAGAAGGCAAUGCUGAAAGGCGGGCCUCCCGGCGGGGGCUUCGGCCCCAUGAAGGGCGGCGCGCCCACCAUGCCGCCGCGCCCGGGGCCCUACGCGAUGCUGCCAGGCGGCCCAGGGCCGCUGCCCCCAGGCGGGCCGCCUGGGCAAGCCGCGCAGCUGAACGAGCUUGGGCUUCCUAUCCGCCCGGGGGCGGAGCAGUGCCUGCUGUUCUUGAACACAGGUUCCUGCACAAACGGGGCCGCGUGCAUCUUCGACCACCCGCGGGCCAGCGGCAAGGGGAAAGGCGCCGGGCUGACAGCUCCAGCUGGAGCGCCAGCCUUCACGCCGAUGAGGCCGCCGCCCACCGCGCCGUCGGAGUCGGGGACCGGGCCCUCCAGCAGCCCGCCAGGUGCAGCCGAUGCUGCUGGCAAGCCCGACGGGUC